AUGAACAUCGUCACUCGCUGCGUCGCGCGUCUGGCGCCCCCCACGGCUAACAAGACCACAUUGACCAGGACCUUUACCACCUUUACUCCCCUCCGACCGACGGUCCUCCCCGGCGUGUCCUUCCGUCCGUCGACCUUUACGCCUACUUCCACCUCUGCGGCUCCGAACGCAGCUGUAGCCGACCUCGUCCCCACGUCGUCCGUCACGAGCCACCCUGCCCUGCAGCACAUGGGCAUCCGUUUCGGCCCGCGCAACACGAUGAACGGGCACACGCGACUGGUGCAGAAGCGCCGGUCGGGUUUUCUCACGCGCAGGAGGGACAGGACCGGACGCAAGAUUCUGCUGAGGAGGAGGAUCAAGGGGCGUAGGGAGCUCGCUCAGUGA